CUUUCGAAAGAAAUCCGUUUCUUUCGGUGGUUCGGCGUGCCGACCUCGCCGAUUACGAGGUGGAAUGGACACUGCCGUUCCAAGCCUGGAAAGGCGAGGGUGUAUCUUCAAUUGUAAAUUUGAUAUUUUGGCAUAUAUAUCACUAUAAUCAAGCAAUCACUCAGCAGUAUGUAAUUAUUUCUAAAAAGGAACGAGAGUUUUGAGGUACAUAUUCUAUAGUUAGUUAACAUAAGAUCCUCUAUUGGAAUUACCCCAGUCCGCUGCUCUCAUCCCAUUCCGCCAUGUCAUUGUGUUUAUCCAGAGGGCUGUCACAGCUUCCUCUGGCCCUCUGGGCUCCUCAAACGCUACACACCACCACCGCUUGCCAUUAUAUGCCGGUUCGGACAUUUGGAAUCAAAUCCGUGACCACCCCCAAACCUAGCCGAUUCAAUGUUAGUCCCGACUUGCCGAUACUAAAGUCGACGCCUGCGGCGGCUCUCGAGCGCAAGGCUUAUACCCUGCCCCUCCGAAGUGGCGCCGUUGCCAUCAAGAAGGGAAUGACCGGCAUCUACGACGCACAAACCGGGACCCGCAUUCCGUGCACCGUCCUCCAACUCGACCGGGUAGAAGUGGUCUCGCAUAAGACACGAGAGAAGCAUGGUUACUAUGCUGUCCAGGUCGGCGCUGGCUGGAAGCAUCCAAGCAACAUGACAAAAUCGCUCCUGGGCCACUUCUCCGCCCAGGGGCUCUCGCCAAAGAGACAUGUCUACGAGUUCCGGGUUAAGGAUGAGAGCGGUCUUCCUCCUGUGGGCCACAUGAUUAAUGCCGACUGGUUCCAGGAGGGUCAAUAUAUUGAUGCGCGCUCAAAUACCAAAGGUAAAGGUUUUACGGGUGUGAUGAAGAGACAUGGGUUCGGUGGUCAGGAUCGCAGUCACGGUGUUAGUUUAACGCAUCGUUCGCUCGGUUCUGCGGGUCCCGGUCAGGGUGGUGGUUCCAGAGUGUAUCCCGGCAAGAAGAUGGCAGGGAAUAUGGGUAAUGAGCAGAACACAGUGCAGAAUUUGAAGAUUCUGAAGGUUGAUGCGGUGAACGGCAUUGUUGUUGUUACAGGUAUGCUUUUUCUCCCCACUACCCUCUCCCCGGGUUAUUUUCGACCAAGUAGAUUGCUAAUUGGUUUUGUUCAGGUGCUGUCAGUGGUCCUAAGGGAUGCAUGGUCAGGAUACAAGAUGCAAUCAAGAAGCCUUGGCCUGAGGUGCCAGCAGCAACAGAGGAGUCUGCAUAAUGUUUCACGUCUUGCAAAAAUAUUUGGGAAUGUACUAUUACAACUCUACUGGUUACUAGAGCGGCGUCUGUAUAUGAUACAUGAAUGAUAUCCUCUUUCUGAUUGUUUCGGUCCAGCCAUGCCCUGUCGUGAUGACUUUCAGCUAUUCAUCGUUUCUUGAUUUCGCGUUUUGAUUGUUUCCCUUCUUUCAGAUAAUCAUAA